CAACCUAUCCGCCACAGGCCAGCAGCUCGUCUACAGUGCAUGGAGGAUAAGCAGUAGUAGAGUAACUGGUGUCAAGAUGGAAAUGACCGCGGUGGUGGCAGGAGAGAAUGGUCAAGGCCUUGAGGGCGGAGGGACAGGCUCGUCGGAGAACACUGCCGCGGCCGCGGCCGCGGCCGCAGAGCGUGCGGAGAGGUACCCGGCCGGAAACAGCAGUGCCGCUGGUGCCGUAUCGAACUUCGUCAACACUAUAGUGGGGGCAGGGAUUAUUGGCCUGCCCUUCGCGCUCGCUGAGAGCGGGCUGUGGGCCGGGGUCUUCUUGCUCUGCCUGGCGGCCUUUUUGACCAACCGGUCGACCAACAUGCUCAUUGCCGCCGGGGAGAAGAUCGGGCGCCUAAACUACGAGGAGCUCAUGGCGGACUCGUUCGGAAACGCGGGGGUCUACCUGUACAGCUUCUUUGUCGUGCUCCUGGGGUACGGCGCCAUGUCGGCGUACUUGAUAAUCGUGGCGGACACAAUCCCGGCGAUCGCAGAGGCCUCGGGUACCACGAACGGGCCGUUCGCCGACCGGCAUGCUGUCAUCUUCAUGUUCGGGAUCUUUGUAGUGCUGCCCCUUUCGCUGCUAAAGGACCUGAGCAAGCUUGCCUACACGUCGGGCAUCAGCGUCCUGGCGGACGUUUUCUUGACCCUCAUCGUGUUUUUCGCAGGAGCGGGCGAGGCCAGCACCAAUGACGACAUCGACUCUUCAGAGAGGUUCGUGUUCAUCCGGCCGACCGUCUUCGCCGGUUUCGGGGCGAUAUCCUUCGCGUUCGUGUCCCAGAGCGCGUCCUUCCUGGUGUACCGGAGCAUGUCUAAGGGCGGGGUGGACCGGUGGGCCUGCGUGACGAGGUGGUCGGUGUCCAUCGCCCUGGGCCUCGGGCUCACCCUCGCGCUUAGCGGGUACCUGAACUUCGUCAACGAGACCGACGCGAACAUUCUCAACAACUUGGGCACUCGGCACGGGCCCGCGAACAUCGCCAGGGCGUUCUUGGCGCUGACCAUGGUGUUCACCUACCCGAUGGAGAUGUACGUCGCGAGACACGCGCUUGACGUUGCCGUUUUCCAGACCUGGCUCGGGAAGGGUCCGACAACCCAGGCGCGACACUUUGGGAUAUCGAUCGCACUAUGGGUGCUGUCGAUAGUUUUGGCUGCGUCGACCAAGAACCUGGGAUCCAUCCUGGAGAUUUUUGGGGCUUUCAGCGCGAACGCGGUGGGGUACGUGAUGCCGGCCCUGCUCUUCAUCAAGUCCAACCGAGAGGAAUUUAGCCGAGCGUCUGCGGUCUGGAAGAAGGGCACACCGGAGUAUCACCCGGCGCUGGGAGAGCGGCUGUGGGCGAUGCAAAACUUUUUCGUCCCAAUGUUCAUGGUGUUUUUCGGGAUUUUGGCGAUGGUGGCUGGGGUGGCGACAGCGGUAGCCUCAGAGUUGUCGCCAACAAAGGCGUGAUGCCCUUUUUUCUGACUCGUUGCGUUGUUUUCUCCGGAGGUUUACCUUGCGUUUUUUGUCUCUCGAGAGGGGGGGGGGGCUUCAGACGAGCCUGGGGGGGGCUAUCCCCGACCCCGUUAGAUGUGUGUGUGCGUGUUGUCGGUGUUUUAAACUUUUGUGGUAUUGUUUUGAAAAGCGAUAACUAAUCGCCAUGACGUUGUACCUUCAUGGUGGCACUUUUGCAACCUGGGUUCACAUGUGCUGACACAAAACUGAGAAUUGGAUGUUCGAGGCGACUUCUUAGGCGAACGUUCCCACCUGUUUCCAAUCAACCUCGGAUUCGUGCUAGGGGACAACACGGCUUGAAAAUGGUGGUCGAUGCAAACUAAUUCAAAUAGCAUCUGAUAGAGAGUGACUUCAGCACAUGUGUAGUUGAAUAAGCUUGAGACAAAUGUAGCCGACAUGCGCACGUGCUGAAAUGUGGUCGCCAUCAGCUCCAUUCGAAUUUUUGGAUGUGAGUUCCAAGACGGGGAGGGCAAAGUUGGCUCAUGGCGAGAGUCCAGCCUGACAAAAACUCGGCUCAAAAUUACGCGCUUGGAUCAUGACGGUCCAGAAAUAUCCCUUCCGGUGGAACAAAUGGGUGGCAGUGUGUCGAACGAGGCGUUGAACAACGAGUCCCAAGCGCGUCUUGUUAAGCGUUGUGAUGUGUGUGUGGGGUUUUCAUGGGGUGGUUCGUUUAGGUCAAAAGCUUGCGGUAUCGGGAGCGAGGAGGGCGGAAAGCGCGGAUCAGGAUGACGACAUACAUAAUACCGCGCAUGGAUUGUACGCGAAGGUGUGCCACGAUUCAGCCUGACCUUUAUUUACUCUUGGGGAGAGAGCCACGGCGAUGGAGAGUGAGAGAGGGAGCAUAAACCAAAUCGAGGAUGGACGCGAUAAGUAGCGUUUGUUCCUGUUUGGCUACAAACCGUACAGCACGUGUCGCGUGAUGUCGGACUGAAUUUGCGGCGCUACGGGAAAUGGUCGACGAUUUGUGGCGCUGCAAUCACUGCUGAAGUCAUGUCGCAUGCGGCGCAUACCGUUGUUGUUGUACCGUACCCCACACCCGUGUUGACUGUUUUUUUUUUUGUGGAUAUAUGCGUAAAACGCGUGCUGAAACAUG